AUGGCCUCGGAAGCCCCUCCGCAACCCAGCGAGCAGAUCCCCGCGCCCGCUCCGCAGAAGGAAAAGCUGUUCGGUAGAAAAUUCUAUGAGAGCAUUGGUAGCCCCAAAUAUGUCGUUGCGCCAAUGGUCGACAGAUCCGAAUUUGCGUGGCGCAUGCUCACUCGAUCUUUCAUGCCCGCAGACGAACCUAAGCCGAUGCUCGCAUAUUCGCCAAUGUACCAUGCUCGCCUGUUUGGUGAACAAGAGCGCGUUCGAAACCAGAAUUUCCACCCUACCCGCAAGAUCGUCGGAGGAAAGAAGGAAGAUCUGUACCUAGAUGGAAACCCCGCAAUCGACCGCCCACUCUUCGUUCAAUUUUGCACAAACAACCCCGAUGAGUUCAUUGAGGCCGCUCGCCAUGUGGCCCCAUACUGUGAUGCUGUUGAUCUGAACCUUGGAUGUCCCCAGGGCAUUGCGCGCAAGGGACACUAUGGAUCUUUUCUCCAGGAGGACUGGGAUUUGAUCUACAAGCUCAUUAACCGGUUACACACCGAGCUGUCAAUUCCUGUCACAGCCAAAUUCCGGAUUCAAGAGGACAAGGAAAAGACCCUGGAAUACGCCAAGAUGAUUCUCUCCGCCGGUGCUAGCAUUAUCACUGUUCAUGGACGCAGACGGGAGCAGAAAGGCCACAUGACUGGACUAGCAGACUGGGAAUACUUGCGCUAUCUACGAGACAACCUACCACCCGACACCGUGAUAUUCGCCAAUGGAAACAUCCUCAACUACGACGAUAUCGAGAAAUGUCUCGAAGCCACCGGUGCCGACGGUGUCAUGAGCGCGGAAGCCAACCUCUCGGACCCUUCGAUAUUCAGCAAGCCACCCCCAGUAGGAAGUGAAGGACGAGAAUACUGGCGCGGCCGAGAUGGCAAGGGUGGUUACCGUAUCGACGCUGUUUUGCGACGAUACCUCGAUAUCGUUUAUAAAUACGUCCUGGAGCAGCCUGUUCCAGAAAGAAAACCUCUGUACAUUCCAUCCGAUCCUGUUGAUGAAUUUGCCGAAACCGAGACGGAAGAUAAUGACCACAACGAUGGUCCCCUUAAGAAAAAGCAAAAGCGCAGCAAAGCCGAUAAGGUCAAGAAGCCCAAUUCUCCCAGCCUUGGAUUCAUGCAGCCACAUCUGUUCCAAGUCCUCCGCCCCAUGAUCGCGACUCACACUGACGUCCGAGAUGCGCUUGCGAGAUCACGACCGGGCGACAUGGCGGCUUUUGAGCACACUCUGACUAUCCUAGAGAAAGCGAUCAAGCGUGGCCUCCAAGAAUAUGAAACAUCACCCGAAAAGUUUGAGGUUAAACCCGACGAAACCUUGAAAGGAUCAAAAGCAACCAUUGCUGAAUAUGGACGGCCUUGGUGGAUCUGCCAGCCCCAUGUUCGACCUUUACCCGAGGAAGCGUUCGAAACCGGAGCGCUUAGAGAGAAGGGGUCCAAGCCUGUUCCCAAGGGCGAAAAACAAGACGCAAAAGAAUCCAGGGAUGCCAAUGCUUCUACCUCCGAGGGUACAGUCACCCCUGGCGACGACGCUUUUAACCCAGCUGAGGCACUCACACCUAAUCGUAUUGUGAGCGGCUGA